CUAUGAUGAUGCCGCUACCAUCUGUGCUCGUCCUAGCCCUCGAAGCCACAAAAUGCUGGUGUCCUUCAGCGCCUGCUUCAGUACACGAGGGAAGGUGGCACAACAAUUUGUUGCCUCAAUUUUAGCGGUGCCAUCCACAACGCCAGGGUGAAGUCAUUUUUUGCCACUUGGGGUCUUCCUUGGGAUCUAGGGUCAUAUUUCCGGAUGACUGCACACCUGAACCAUGCUGCAACUGGGGUGUCGCUGGAGGGGUCUGCCGGAAUCGUACAGUCUCAAGUCGAUGACGUUGCAGUGCGUUGCUAGGAGCAACAUAAUUUACACGCCAUCACCGACUUCGCGUAUCGAGUCCCACACAUUUGGACCCAGCGAAGUCCCGGUCGACGUUAAUGAGUGCCCUUGCGCGUACGGUCCCGUGGGACGAGGCUGGUUAGGCUACGUUGGAGACGUUAAUAACGAAGACGGCAGCACGCGAGUCAUUAUAGCCAUGACUCGCUGCUUGCCGCAGAGCGCGGUGGUACCAGACAGAAGCAACAGAACGCAGGCCGGUGAUACUGAUUAUAUCACUGGCCACAGGACGGGUCGUGCAGGGGACGGGCGGGGGAGCCCACACCUGGUAUUCCGGGAGCAACGACAAGAAUCUUCAUCAUCUACACCUCCACCACCACCACAGCAGAAGAAAUGCAGACGCAACCCACCUCACGCCCGCGAGGAUGAGGUGGAAGCUAGGACUGCCAAACGAGCUGAAAUGUCAAGAGAAAAGUCCAAGCAAGCAGAAGUGCUCAAGGAACAGGGCAAUGCUUGUUUUCGACAAGGAAAAUAUGAAGAGGCUAUCGAGUACUACCAGAAAGCUAUCAGUGUUCACGGACCACGACCCACGUAUUACAUUAACAUCGCUGCAGCAUGUCUAGAGCUUGAAUUGUAUCUACAGGCCGAGGAAGCUUGUGAUUCGGCCCUGGAGUAUGAUCCCAGAUCCAUAAAAGCUCGCUACUGUCGAGGCAUCGCACAUCGUAACAUGUUCGCAUUCAAGCUGGCCAUAGAAGGCGGGUACAAAACGAAUUUUUUUCAAUUGAAUCGGAUCAUCAACAUUUUUAAUGUUCUCAAAGCUUUUUAG